GCACGUACGCGGAGAAAUCAGCGUACAGUUGCAAGAUGGACUGGAAAAUUGUGGCAGGAAUAUUACUAUUUGCAUCGCUGUCCCUCUGCGAAAGCAAUGUUGGGGAGACUGAACAGGACAAUCUCACGGAAGGAAACACGAGCGAGUGUGGGGCGACCAUAUAUGGCGGGUCUGGAACCAUCUCUUCGCCGGGUUUUCCCCUGACGUACCCGAACAAGAAGUAUUGCGGCUGGACCAUCAGGGCCCCUCCCGGCAGGUUCAUCGAAGCGACAAUUGGGAGCCUGGCGAUUGAAAUGCAUGGAAAGGAAUGCGACUACGACUCCCUGUCUAUCACCGUGGACGGGACGCGCGACUACGGGCCUUACUGUGACGCCAACAAGCCCCCAGACCAGCGCCUGGUGGGGACCCUCUUCGAGAUCACCUUUGUCUCUGAUGACACUGUCGGCAAGGAAGGGUUCUUGUUGCUUUACUCCACCACCAAGACUCCUCAUGAAACCAUGGAGAACAGAGCAGGCUGUACGUCCGAGAUCUUGACGGCUGGUUCUGGCGUCAUCACCACACCCAACUAUCCCCUGAAGUACCCCGUGAAGACCAACUGCACCUGGACCAUCCAAGCUGAGCCAGACAAGGUUGCCUUCAUCCAGAUUGAGACGUUCGACAUGGAGAAGUCCGACAACUGUUCCUACGACCACAUGACCAUCACGGUGGACGGAAACCGGACCAUGGGACCCUACUGCAACCAAAUCCCGCCUCCCUUACAAUCGCGGAUGAACGGAUCCAAGUUCGAGAUAUACUUCAGGUCGGAUGACUCCAUUGUCGGCAUCGGCUUUCUCCUGGCGUACAACAGCUACCCUAUCGAGGAAGAAGAACUGACCACUUCGGAUCCGGGAGUAGCCGACAACAAGACGGACUCACCUACUGAGUGGGUGUACACCGAGGCCGCCGAUACCACCCAGGCCAGUCCCUCUCACACCCCACCCACCACCAGCCAGCCCAUCAUCAUUGAUACAUUCUCUGACAAUGUGUCUGUGUCUGCAAUAGACAACCAAACUGUGCUGACAUCUCCUGUCGCCACUGUUGACACAACGGAUGGCAACGUCAGUACCUCGAACAACGGUGUGCAAGAUAAGAGGAGAGAGAGAGAGACCUUGAUCACAAGGAGUAAGGGGAUGGACUGA